AAAUAUUGCACAAUAAAUAUUAAGCCACUUUUCUGCAAAGGUUAUCAUAAUCUGGACAUAUGGCUAUAGGAAUAAUAAAUUAACGAGAAUAAUUUGCCCACGCUUUCUAUUGUGAUCAGUGGUGAGACUUCAUGCAAUGGUGUCAAAAGUAAAAGUAAAUUCAAGGUGUACAACACUAGCACACAUUAUAUUACAUAGCUGUUACACAAUUUGUUCCAUUGUACCUAAUGAGAUAGACUGUGUUGUUACUGAAAAACUCUAAAAACCUAACAAGGCCCCACCACAUAGGCCUACUUGAUCCCAUUCCAAAAAGUGCGGAGUCUGCUGAUUGUAUCAAACACAGGUCUACAGGAAUACUCAGAUAAGUCACCUCACCUGUGCUGGUAGGUUUCUUUCUUUUUUUAAUAAUUCUUCUUUUUUGUAAAAAUUUUACUUUGACUUUUGAUACCUCUGACAGCAUGUUGACUAAUAGCCACCCGAAAUGAAUAAUAAGCGACGGGGAUUUUAUUGUAGCUUUAUCUCUGGCGCACAGAGGUUCUGCGGUGCCCUGUGUGUGAGGGUUGAGAUUCGCGUUUUUGAAUCUCAAACCGUUUUGGUCCACUUGAGGAUCCGUGAUUUGGAAGCUCACAAGGAAGAGGUCCACUGUUGGGAUUUAGUAUUGACACAAUUUGAAGGGUUGUGCAGAAACUGAACUUACCCGUUUUUUUCUGGGUGCAGUGCAAAUUUGGAUGUAAACAACUAAUGAAUCGCAGCCGGCUGUAAAAGAAGCGUCAUUUUCUCCCCAAAGAGGAUUUCCUCAAAGCAUCGCUCCACAACUAAACAGCGAGAUGAGCUCCAAGGGGGGAGGGACAGCCUUGAGCCGUCGUAACUACCGUCUGGCCUCGGACACUGAGAAACCCAAACCCACAGGUAUUGUGACUGAGAAGUUGCUCAGUGACUAUCUGCAUCAUGUGUUUCCCUCGUCCAGCAAACCCGGUCUCACACCAGUGGCCACCAGGAAACUAUUAACUUUCCAAGAUUUGAACACUCACUUGGAGGAGCUGUUGACGGAUGGGGAGGCCACAGAGGAAACCAGAGAUGAUGCAGUUGAAGGUCGUCUUGGCCCCCCUACGGUGGUACUGGACCACACCAGUGGCUUCGAGGGCCUUCUCUUUGUGGAUGAUGAUCUUCUUGGGGUCAUUGGCCACAGCAAUUUCAGCUCAAUCAGGGCUACUACAUGCGUUUUCAAAGGGAAGUGGCUGUACGAGGUGCUCAUCUCCUCCCAGGGCCUGAUGCAGAUCGGCUGGUGCACGCUCAACUGCAGGUUCAACCAGGAGGAGGGUGUUGGUGAUACACCCGACUCUUAUGCUUAUGAUGGAAACAGGGUGAGGAAGUGGAAUGUAACCACUACAAAUUAUGGCAAGUCAUGGGCAGCAGGAGACAUUGUCAGCUGUUUGAUUGACUUGGAAGAAGGCACCAUAACAUUUUGUCUAAAUGGCCAGUCCCUGGGUACUGCGUUCAGUGACAUCAAAAUGGGCCCUGGAGUGGCAUACUUUCCAGCCAUUAGUCUCUCCUUCAAAGAAUCUGUUGCGUUCAACUUUGGAAGUCGCCCUCUGAGGUAUCCUGUGGAGGGCUACAGGCCGCUGCAGGAUCCCCCAGCUGAUGACCUCCUGAAAGCCAACAGGUUGCUGGGUUACAUCAAAACGGUGAUGGCCACGACCAUCGAUGUCCAGGAGGAAAAGAUUGUUGAAAAAGACAGUACUCUCUGGAAGCUUGAUGGAGAGCCAACAGUUCUGGUCACCGUUGCCCAUAUUUUCAACCACUUUGCUCCACUGAUGUGUAAAGUUUAUAUAGUGGAGGAUGUGCUGAUGAACUUCAUGUUGGGGAUUUUGGAAGGCGGAGGUUCUGUGGAUGAGCAUCCUCUCAUACAGCAGAUUCUCGACCUGUUUUGGCUUCUGAUGGAGGAUUACGAGGUGAGCGAGUGCCUGAAGCAGCUGAUGAUGUCACUCCUGAGAGCCUAUCGGUUCUCACCCAUCAUCCCCGACUUGGGGUUCCAGAUUCACUAUUUGCGUCUGACCACCGCCAUCCUUCGUCAUGAAAAGUCUAGGAAAUAUCUGCUCAAUAAUGUUUUUGAUUCCUUAACCUGGUGCAUAUUUGACAUGUUGCGCUCGGUGGUCUUCUUCUACAUUAAAACCCCACUGAGGGUGAAGGAGACCGGCCUGGAGGAACUCAUCCCUACCACUUGGUGGCCCACGUGCUUCGACAAAGAGGGACGGGACGACCCUGAGCUAAGGGAUGAAAGUGCGGAUGAGAGGCUGAGGAGGAGAGCGUAUGAGCGCGGCUGUCAGCGGCUGAAAAAAAGGAUUGAGGUGGUGGAGGAGUUACAGGUGCAGAUCCUGCGGCUGAUGUUAAACAACAAGGACAAAGGGACGGGGCAGGCAUCAAGAUACAUAUUUUUGAACAAAUUCCGGAAAUUUCUUCAAGAGAAUGCCAGCAACAGAGCGAACCCUACCGUUCUCUGCCCUCCGGAAUAUAUGGUGUGUUUUCUGCAUCGUCUCAUAACAGCUGUGCGAAGCUAUUGGGACGAACAGAAGAGCAGACGGCCUGGGGGAAACGUGACCAGUGAGGAUGCCUAUGUCCCACCUCAGCUUUUCUUCAAUGGCAAAGUGGACUACUUUGACCUUCAGAGGCUAGGGGGGCUUCUGUCCCACCUGAAGAAGACUCUGAAAGAUGACCUGGCCACUAAAUCCAACAUCAUCAUUGACCCCUCAGAGAUCCUGCCCUCCUCUAUGGACGAUCUGGAUGAGGACGAGGAGAUAGGCGCUGCCCAGAGGCCAUUGGGAGCAGCUGCCACUGGGGGCGCCCCCGUGCGUCCCAGUUGGCUAAGCUCACCUACGCUCGGCCGGGCUAAUCGCUUUUUGAGUACGGCGGCCGUCAGCCUCAUGACCCCGCGUAGGCCCCUUGCACCACCGGAGAAAGUCAAGGUUCGCACGUUGGCUGUGGAGCAACGCACCGAGGAAGAUAUUGAGGGAACCCAUGGCAACGAUGGUCUGUUGCUUGGGCGACCACUGGAAGAGCCUGAUCAGGCGAUAACAGAGAAGUCCCUUUUGGAGAUCCUAGAUGGGAUUGUGAUGAUGUACAAUUUAAGUGUCCAUCAGCAAUUGGGCAAGAUGGUGGUGGUUUCUGAUGACGUGCAUGAGUAUGCUGUUGCCCUCAAAGACACAGAAGAGAAGAUAGCCAGAUGCCCCAACAGAAGAUCAGACAUAUUAGAUGAGCUGGUGAAGAGCCAGAAGGUCUUUGCGGAGAAGCUAAACCACCUGAGUCGGAGACUAGCGUGGAUUAAUUCCACAAUCUAUUCUAAGGAGAAGAUGUUGGAUAUCUAUUGGCUGCUUCGUGUGUGCAUUCGUACUAUUGAGCAUUCGGACAACACAGGCUCUCUGUUUGCCUUCACACCAGAGUUCUACCUCAAUGUAGCCAUGAACAGUUACAGCGCCCUCAAAAACUACUUCAGCCCAGCCAACAGCAUGGAGGAACUACCAGGUUAUGAGGAGACACUGACACAGUUGGCUGCUAUCCUGGCAAAGCACUUUGCAGAUCCACGCAUAGUAGGUACAGACAUCAAAGACUCACUCAUGCAGGCUCUCGCCAGCUAUGUAUGCUACCCACAAUCCCUCAGGGCUGUGGAGCGAAUCCCAGAGGAGCAGCGUGUCGCAAUGAUGAGGAACCUGCUGGCUCCUUAUGAACAGAGACCCUGGGCACAGACAAACUGGAUUCUAGUGCGCUUUUGGAAGGGCUGUGGGUUUGGCUACAGGUACACCCGGUUGCCUCAUCUGCUGAAGACCAAACCAGAGGAUGCAACUCUGCCAAGUCUUCAGAAGCCCUGUCCAUCACUCCUCCUUCAGAAGCACAUGGCGGAGCUCCUCAGGCACGACAAGGACAUGGCAGCCAGCUUCCUCAACAGCGUCCUCAACCAGCUCAACUGGGCCUUCUCAGAGUUCAUCGGUAUGAUUCAGGAGAUUCAGCAGGCUGCAGAGAGGCCAGAGAGAAAUUUUGUGGACACCCGGCAGCUAAAGGUUUGCGCCACCUGCUUUGAUCUGUCCGUCAGCCUACUUCGUGUGCUGGAGAUGACGGUCACUUUGGUCCCCGAAAUAUUUCUGGACUGGUCCCGCCCCUCAGCUGAGCUGCUGCUGCGACGUUUAGCUCAGCUCCUAAACCAGGUGCUAAACCGUGUCACUGCCGAGAGGAAUCUCUUUGACCGCGUGGUGAAUCUGCGUCUUCCAGGACUGGAGAGUGUGGACCACUAUCCUAUACUGGUAGCAGUGACGGGCAUCCUGGUGCGCAUUCUUGUAGAGGGGGAAAGACAGGGAGUUGCGAGAGCAGCCUCUGUUCUGCUGUCUGAUCCGUGUUUCCAGCUGCACUCCAUCCAGCACCUGCUUGGGGAGGGGGAGACGAGCGCCGCUGCUGGAGCCGCAACCGACCGCAAGCACUUCUCGCUGCAUGCCUAUACAGACUACAUCAGUUCAGAGGAGGAGCAGAAGGUGGAGAGGAUGUUGGCCUUCCUUACGGAGGAGUCCAAGCAGGCAGCAGCCAGCACGGCGCCUACCAGUGAAGAGGACCUGUGUCCCAUCUGCUAUGCACAUUCAAUAUCUGCAGUGUUCAAGCCUUGUUCACACAAGUCCUGCAAAGCAUGCAUCAACCAGCAUCUGAUGAACAACAAGGACUGCUUCUUCUGCAAGGCCACCAUCACCGGGGUGGAGGACUACAUCAAGCCAUCAGGCUCUUAGCAGCCAGAUAUGCAUACGAGGCACACCACACAUACAUACAUGCAUGUGGAUGCACACACUCUCCUUCACAUGCAGUACGUACUGUACAGUCCAUUUACAUUUUACAACAGCUAGCUGAUGAGCAUCGGCAACACUGCCUAGUGCACUGCAUACCUCCUUAAGAUCCCAUAUGACCGCUAAUGCUUUACCCCCUUUUCAUCGUCACAAAGAAUAUACACUCAGAGAACACAAACAAAACUCCUGAUCUGUCAACUCGGAUGAACUCUGAUCUCUCAUCACAGUUCAACGGCCACAGUACAGAUAGCAGCUGAAACGCUGUGUGCUGCAGUCCAUUUCCUGUUUUCCUUUGAUCCCCUUUUUGGCGUGUAGGAACAUCAUGGACCUUCAAUCAUCUUUCUCAAUAUCCUCAAAGACUGAGAAGCUGCUCUACAGUGCGUCCGGUUUUAGAAGGUUUCUUAACUUAGCGAGAUUUACCUUGCUGUGAUUCCAUGGAUUGUAGAUUGUGGGGGAUCCCUUGGCAGUACUACUGGAAUCAGAUCGAACAGGCAAAGUAAUCCUUAAGGGCACCUGCAUGUCAUCUGCCUUUUUCUUUUUCUUCUUAAAGGUACACUGUGUAAUAUCUUUAAUAGUUUACAUAAUUCAUGCUACCCAUUCACAAAUGUCACCUUUUUCAUGAAUACUUUCCACCACCAUCAAUGUCUAAGUAUUCAAUAUAACUGGGAAAAUUGAACUUUUCAUAUAUGAAAAGAGGGAUCUUCUCCAUUGACCACCAUUUUGAAUCCCCAGAAAUAGACAUUUUUAACUGAUGGACUUGCUGUACUUUGAUCAUACUAGUAAGUAUUAAUUCACUAUUUAGUAAAUAUUCAUGAAAAGAUCAAAUUAGACAUCCCAGUUUCACUGAGCAGCAUAGUUGCAAUACCUACUCUGGCCACCAUCCUACACAGUGCAUCUUUAAAUCAUAAUACGUGCUGCCUGCUCCUCCCUCUUCGGUAAUGUCCCCAUCACAUCUCCUGCAGUCCUGUCUCCAAAGCACUGAGUGAAAGCUUUUUUUUAUUUUUAUUUCUAAGCAACAGACAACACAGCCAAAUAUACUGUAUGUGAAGCUUUAAGGGACAUUAUUAAUUUCACACUUUCAUCAAGUGAGAUUUGGUUAUUUUUCUGUGAAGUUUGCUCUGAGGAUAGUGUUCAUCCAAGGGGAAGAACAUCAGGCUCACCACAAGGCACAAAUUCACAUCACAAAACUAUGAAUCAGAGUUGGCCCUAAAAUAUAUCGGAGUAUCUCCUUGGUCAUGUUAGUAAAGCAUUUAAUAGGGUGAUUGGUAUAAGGCAGUACUAACAAGUUAAAUCCUACAUACAGUUAAAUCCUAGUCCUACAUUCGAUAUUCAGCCUUCAUCUGCAACACUGCAAUCAUUCUUUUUGUUUGUCUGUGUUGUGUAUAUUGUAUGUGUGCCCAGAUGGCGGCAAAACGCAUACAGACUUUCUUUCUACCGGUAACUUGACAUACUUGCUUUCAAUGAUGACUGUCACUUCACUGAAGAGACUGGUAAAGCCAAAGUGUUGUGAAAGAUAAUAGGGUUUUUUUUGUUGUUGUUUAUUUUACUUUAAUGGGCAAGCAUGCAAACACAGGCAAAUUUAACACACUUUCCCCAAAUCAGAGUCCUUUACAGGUCGACAUCAUGAACUGUGCCCAGCAAAACUCAUUAGCACAUUUUAAAAGUUGAGGAAUGUUUGACAUUGAUGUGUUGUUGUAGGAUAGUGGGGCUUUGGCGUUGAAUUUGUGCAUGAAUUCGGGGAUCCUACUAUAGCCUUAACUUUGUGUUUUUGUUUUGUGUGAGUGUAUGAAAGAGAGAAAGGAAAGGGAGAUGGUGUACGUUCUUUCAGGUAGUUCAUUAAUGUGUGAUGAGUGAUGCAUACUUUCCUGUCCUGUGCAUUUUAAUUUAAGACAGAAAAGGGUUUCUCAUCUGAAGCUCUGUGUCACCGUGUCACUAAAGGGAAAUGCGAGUUGCCUAAAGCAAUAUAUCGACAAUGGACUGUUUAUAUUUUUGUCUUAUAUUACCUUCGUUUGGGUUAAAGGAAAACGAUGGCUGUCUGUCACCCUCUUUUUUCCAAACUGUUAUUGAGAAUGCACAUUUAUUAGAAAGUGUACGGUAUUAUUAAAUUAUUUAUCCAAAUCUUUA